CAACUGCCAAUGAACCAUGAAGAAGAAGAAACAGCAGAGAUGACGGCAGCUUGCUCCUGUGAAGAGAGAAAGAAUAAGGUUGUUGUUCGGUAUUGUACGUAACGUAGAAUCGUUGUAGUCUUGGACCCUUGCCAUGGACAACAUGUAUCAGCCAGACUCGUCAGACACCCAGCCGCCUCCUGUCUACAGUGGCGGCUACAGCGCGAACAGAGCCCCGCCGAGCAGCACUCAGCCGAGCCACACUCCUCCACCGUGGACUCCUUCCCAGGGGUAUGACGCUCACCCAUACGGGUUUAGGUGCGAUUUUCCAGCACCGUCUCCCGGAGGAGGAAGUGUCGGAGGGCCGGGCUUGGCCCUUCCGUAUGGAUUCGACCCCUCCGUCCCCCCGCCUCCUUUUGGGUGUCCGCCGCCCGGACACUUCCCUAACAUGGUGCCCAGCGCUCCGGUAAACAUAUACAGCAGCAGGGGAGCGUUUCCUCAACAGCAUAGACCUUGUUCUCAGGCUACAGGCUAUGGACCGGACUGUAGUCAGAAACAACGGCAUCAGUAUGAGGGUUUCUCUACGAGUGGAGCUUGGUUUCCUCCGCAGGGUAAAGAUGACAGGAUUCCUGAGGAUGAAAUAGUCCUUCAGAGGAGGCAGGAUCAACAAUGGCUCGGACGCUUCCUACAAGACAGAGUAAAAAACUCUAAGAGUCUACAGGCCCGGCACAAGACGCCCCACAGCUCUGCCCCGGAGCCGAGGGCCGCUCCAUGCAGCUCUGCCCCGGAGCCAAGGGCGGUUCCAUGCAGCUCUGCCCUGGAGCCGAGGGCGGUUCCGUGCAGCUCUGUCCCGGAGCCGAGGGUGGUUCCGUGCAGUUCUGUUCUGGAGCUGAGAGCGGCUCUGUACGGGGCUGCUCACAUUGUCUCCCAGCUGGCAGAGUCCUGUGAAACUCUGAGGAACAACGUGGAGAAUGAGUCUGUUUGGGCCAACUCUUAUUUAAAGGCUUUACAGGUGAAAAGAGAGCUACAGGACAUACUGGCAGUCCUUGGUGCCAGUGAGUGCUUAGAGCGUUGGAAAAUGAAAGUAUCCCGUGUUGCUAAGAGGAGGGCCCGGCGCCGGAGAGCCAGGAGGGAGCUUCAGAUGGAGCAGACCCAGAGAGAGGAGUGCAUCGCGGACAAAGAGGCUGCUAUAAACACAUGGAGGAUGCAUCAGAUCCGCCUAGUGGAGGAAAGGAAAAAGGAGCUGGAGCUGAAACUGGCUGCAGACUCGGUUCUCUGUGAGGUGAGGAAGAAGCAGUCAGACGUAAAGAGGAUGCAGGAAAUCUUGAGGUCUCUGGAGAAACUGCGCAGACUGAGGAAAGAGGCAGCGUCAAGAAAAGGUAUUGUGACGGAGCGUUCCUGUGACGAGGCGUUCAGCAGCCGCCUGCAGCAGUUGAGCAGUGUGAUGAAGAGGAGGACGGCGGUGUACUCAGCCGAGGAGAAGGCUCUGAUGGUGAUGCUGGAGGGAGAGCAGGAGGAGGAGAGGAGGAGAGAGCAGGAGAAACGAAGGAAGAAGGAGCGGGAAAGACAGCUGCAGAGGAAACGCAGAGUGGAUGCCAUGUUGUUUGGAGAUGAGCUUCCUGCCGACUCGGUGCUGCAGCCCUUCAGACAGUAUUACACCGAGGCAGAGCACUCUCUGCACGCUCUGCUACAUAUCAGGAAACAGUGGGAUGCUUUUGUGGUUCCUGCGGAACAUCCAGAGGGUUCUCCGGUUCCUCAGGGUUGGGUCCUGCCUGAGGCCCCAUCAGACCAGGCCUGGGCCUCUGCUCUGCAAACGGCCCUCUCCGAGUGACACGGCCCACUCUGAUCGGAGUGGCAAGGCCCAUUUCAAGUGACUGUGACAACAACCAGC